GGUGGGGAGCCCCGGGGCGGAGGCGCGACCCCGCAACGCCCGCAUCCAAAAGGCCCGGGCCGGGAGCCGAGCGCGGGGCCAUGCGGCGGCUGGCGCGCGCCUGGACUCGGGCCAUCGUGGACCUGUCGUACGCGCGCCACUUUCUGGACUUCCAGGGCUCCGCCAUCCCCCGCGCCAUGCAGAAGCUGCAGGUGACUCGGCGGAGCCCGGACUUCCGCGAGGCCGUCACCCUACGGAGCCACUGUCCGGUGCCGCUCCCCGGGGACGGGGACCUCCUCGUCCGGAACCGAUUUGUUGGAGUGAACGCCUCUGACAUCAACUAUUCUGCCGGCCGCUAUGACCCUUCUGUCCAGCCUCCCUUUGACAUAGGUUUUGAAGGCCUGGGUGAGGUGGUGGCUCUGGGCCUCUCAGCCAGUGCCAGUUUUGCAGUUGGCCAGUCAGUGGCCUACCUGAGCCCGGGGGCCUUUGCAGAGUACACGGUGGUGCCUGCCAGUACUGCCAUCCCAGUGCCCGACGUGAGGCCUGAGUUUCUCACCCUGCUGGUGAGUGGUGCCACAGCCUACAUCAGCCUGCAGGAGCUGGGGCAGCUGGCUGAAGGCCAGACAGUCCUAGUGACCGCGGCUGCAGGUGGCACUGGCCAGUUUGCCGUGCAGCUCGCCAAGAGGGCCAAGUGCCAUGUCAUCGGGACCUGCUCUUCGAAGGACAAAUGUGCCUUCUUGAAAACUCUGGGCUGUGACCGGCCCAUCAACCACCGGGCCGAAACAGUCGGCGAUGUGCUGAAGCGCGAGUACCCGGCUGGUGUGGAUGUGGUCUAUGAGUCCGUGGGUGGGGCCAUGUUCGAUGUAGCCGUGGACGCCUUGGCACCCCGGGGGCGACUGCUGGUGAUCGGCUUCAUCUCUGGCUACCAGAGCCCCUUGGGCUUGGCCCCCGUGAACGCGGGUGCCUUACCAGCCAAGCUGCUGCGGAAGUCAGCCGGCGUGCAGGGCUUCUUCUUGAACCACUACCUGUCCCGCCACCGGGAGGCCGUGGACCACUUGCUCCAGCUGUGUACCCAGGGGAACCUGGUCUGCCAGGUGGACCUGGGAGACAAGGACCCGGAGGGCAGAUUCAGGGGUCUGGAGUCUGUCUUCCGGGCCGUCGAUUAUAUGUACAAGGGGAAAAACACGGGGAAAAUUGUAGUGGAAUUACCUCCCUGUGUCAGUAGCAAGCUAUAAAAUCCAACAGUGACAUCAAUCAAAACAGCCCGAAAGCAAGCACGGGUGCCUUGAAAUUCCUCAAAUGAAUGUCUUUUUAGUUGGUAACGGUUGCACUAUGUCUUAAAGUGAAAGGAAAGGAGUUGUUGAGUAGGUUUUCCCCUUUUUCCUUUCUUCCCUUUUCUUCCCUGGUGUGUUCCGCUUUCUUGGCAAAAAAAAAAAAAAAAGUUUCAAAUAAAACUCUUCCUGCUGGCUACGAGGUAA